AUGGUCAUCCUGUACAGCAGCAGUGAGUGGUUGGAGGUGCUCUUCAGGUAUGCUGGUACUGUUUGGCCGCACAUCUGGGGCAAAUGGCUGGCCUCUUCGCUGUAUUCUAUUGCGGCUUACCUCUUCGCCCUUGAGACAGGGCUGCAGUUUGGCACGGAACAUCAUUCAAUGCUGCUGCCUCUCUCGGUGACCUUCCUCCUGAUCUUCCGCGCGAACGAGGCCUAUGCCCGGUACUGGCUGGGGCGGUCCACCUUGUCGAACUACAUCUCUGAAGUCCGAGAAGUGCUGUUGCUGUCGAUCAUCUAUGUGCGUGGUGGGCUCGAGUCCUCAAUCCACUUGUUCCAUCAAGGACCUGGGGCGACCGUUCCUGCUUCUGUUAAGCCUGACCACUAUGACGAGAAGGCGAGGAACUAUCGAGUCGACGUCGCUCGCCUGAGCGUGGCACUGGCCGUCGCAUUCAAGCUGCACACAAGCAUUGCUCUGGACGGAUAUUGCUUUGGCAGUCUUGACAAAGAGGCGAAAUGGUUCCUAGACUGGGACAGGUUGAGAUUGUUACAACUUCUGACAGAGGAGGAAUUCGAGAUUGUGAACCGAUGCAUUGGCCUGGCAGAGGAUGAGUCAGUACCGGAGACCCGACGUCGGCUUGCGAGCCAGUUCCACAACGCGCGGACCUUGGAGGGGCCUCCCAGUUCUUGGGACGACGAGUUUCCGGUGAGAUUUGAUCAAUUUGUGCGCGUGCCGGUCGCUAUCGUCUGGUUCCUCAGGGAGGUGCUGUUCAGGAACAUGAACGACCCUUUCAACACUCAGCCUUGGGGCAUCAAGGAUCGCUUUGUGGGCGCCUUGGUCCACUUGCUCAGUGGUAUUCUCGAGUCCUUCGAGACGGCGCAUAUGGUCUGUACGACUCCCAUCCCGUUACCUUAUGCGAACCUCUGCAAGACCUUGUUAUGCUUCUACAUGAUCUCAGCUCCUUUUUUCGUGGACCCGAGCCGGGGUUGGUUUGCAAACACGGUGGUGCCCUCCGUAAUCUCCUUCGCCCUGUUAGGCGUGGACGCCAUCGCUACAGAGCUUGAGAAUCCUUUCGGGGACGACGUGAACGACCUGGACCAACUGGAACAGGUGCAUAUCCUUGAGCGCGAGGCUAUGGAGCUCCUGAGGCAGUCAGGGGAUAUCAGGGGCUGCAGCGUCUUCGGGUGGCAGGAGGUUCCGGACUUUGUAAGCAACAAGUGCUGCCGCAGCCUGAAGACGCAGCUGGUGGUAAAAGACCUCGCCCAGUUACAGGUGAUGCCUCUCGUCGCGGAGGAGGACGUGGUGCCUGCAUGGCUGCUGGAUAGAAAGGAGGAGUCGCGGCAGAAGGCGGCAGCCUGGUCCCUCGUGCUCUAG